ACACAAACAGGAAGGCGGCGAGGCGACGGUUGGCUGUCCGGCAGGCAGCACCUCUUUACACAGCAGAAGCGCAGCACAGGGAAUCUGUUCCCUGCAUAGCCUAGGAACUGCACUGCCCUUUGUUCCUUGGCCACAGGGCCCAGCCCUGCUUGUCCCGUGGGAGGACAGGGUAGCACUUAGCGGUGUGAGGUGGAGAAGGCUGUCUGGACAUGGUUUCCCUGCUUCCAGGCCAUGAGGGCACACUGUGGCAGAGCCGGUCUGUGUCUCUCUCUUGGAAGGGCUGUCUCUGAGACGUUUGCCCUGCUGCUCGAAAAUCCAUUCCCCGCUGCCGAAGAAUUAACAGGAUGCUCUCCAAUGAGUCCCUGCACCCUCCUACUUUCAGCCGCUCCAACUCUCAAGCCUCUGUCGACAGCAGCACAUCGGUGGAGGAGUUCUGGAGGGAAAUCGAGAGUAUUAAAGAGAGUAGCAUCGUGGGGGCCCAGGAGGAGCCGCCCGCCACGCCCACCACGCCCACCACAGAGGUCAAGCCUGUGGAUGAAGGAGAGCUUGAAGCGGAAUGGUUACAAGAUGUGGGAUUGUCAACUCUAGUCUCCGGGAAUGAAGAGGAAGACGGCAAAGCGCUCCUGUCGACGCUGACUCGGACCCAAGCAGCUGCCGUGAAAAAGAGAUACAACACGUAUACCCAGACGCUGAGGAAAAAGAACAAGCAGCCCAUCAGGGACGUUAGAGAUGUCUUCGGAGUCAGCGAGUCUCCUCCUAGUGAUUCCUGUGGCCAUGCUACUCAGUUGGAUGACACCAAGGAAGAAAAAGAGCUCCCAGGAGUUACCAAACCCAGUGGCCCUCUGCCAGACGACACCUCCAUCAGCAGCACCACCCUAUCCAAUGGUGUCCAGGAUGAAGAGAGUAGUUUUGUGGACCUCCAGAGUGGCUCCAUGUCAAUACUUGAGGCUAUGCCACAUCUUCCUGUUCAUACCAAUGGGUCUGCGGAAGCUGAACCAUCAGUUCCAAGUGCCUUGAGUGAUGAUGACUAUUUAGAAAAGAACAUCCCGCCAGAGGCUGAAGAGCUGUCUUUCGAGGUGUCUUACUCAGAGAUGGUGACAGAGGCCCCACACAGGCAUAAGUGGAAGAAGCCAGACAUUAAGAAAGAAGACUCUGCCUUAACCAAAUUUAUUGUGCAGAAAACUAGAUUUGGGUGGACCGAAACAGGAGACCUGUCUCCCGAAGACAUGAAGAAAAUCCGCCACCUCUCCCUGAUCGAACUGACAGCCUUCUUUGAUGCUUUCGGAAUACAACUGAAAAGAAACAAAACAGAGAGAGGGAGAGGCCGAGACAGCGGGAUCUUCGGAGUGCCUCUUACAGUCCUCCUGGACAAUGACCGGAAGAAGGACCCUGAAGUCAAAGUCCCCCUUGUGUUACAAAAAUUCUUUCAGAAAGUCGAGGAAUCAGGCCUGGAAUCGGAAGGAAUUUUUCGACUUUCAGGAUGUACAGCCAAAGUCAAGCAGUACCGCGAAGAGCUGGACGCCAGAUUCAACGCUGACAAAUUCAGAUGGGACAAGAUGUGUCACAGAGAAGCUGCGGUGAUGUUGAAAGCUUUCUUCAGAGAACUCCCCACCUCCCUCUUCCCCGUGGAGUACAUCCCGGCCUUCAUCACUCUGAUGGAAAGAGGGCCCCACAUCAAAGUGCAGUUUCAAGCGCUGCACCUCAUGGUCAUGGCCCUGCCUGACGCCAACAGGGACACAGCCCAGGCUCUGAUGACAUUCUUCAAUAAAGUGAUCGCCAAUGAGUCGAAGAACCGCAUGAGCCUGUGGAACAUUUCUACGGUGAUGGCGCCAAACCUGUUCUUCAGCAGAAGCAAACACUCUGACUACGAAGAGCUGCUGCUAGCCAACACCGCAGCCCACAUCAUCCGCCUGAUGCUGAAGUACCAGAAAAUCCUGUGGAAGGUCCCUUCCUUCUUGAUCACCCAAGUAAGAAGGAUGAACGAAGCCACCAUGCUGCUGAAGAAGCAGCUCCCGAGCGUGAAGAAACUGCUCAGGAGGAAGACCCUGGAGCGGGAGGUUUCAAGCCCCAAGACCUCAAAGGUACCACAGAAGUCACCUUCAAGAAGAAUGUCUGACGUGCCAGAAGGCGUCAUAAGGGUCCACGCUCCACUUCUGUCCAAAGUGUCAAUGGCCAUUCAGCUCAACAGUCAGACCAAAGCCAAAGACAUCCUGGCGAAGUUUCAGUAUGAGAACAGCCGCAGCUCACCUGAAUGCAUUAAGACGCAGCACCAAAGGCUAUAUGAAGUUGGAGGAAACAUAGGACAGCACUGUUUGGAUCCCGAUGCAUACAUACUGGAUGUGUAUCACGUGAAUCCCCAUGCAGAAUGGGUGAUUAAGCCCUAAUCAAGUCUUUAAAAUAUGCCCAAGAUGGCACUUGCCCUGUAUUAUAUGCCAAGAAGACCCCGCAUUCAUGGGGGAAACGACAGUGCCCCGAGGUAUUUGCUCCCGCAAUCCGGUCCUCCUGGGCAGGCCGUUACCACCGGCUCUGUCAGUAUGGACCACAGAGGGCGAGCUGGUUCACACUGAGCCCGAACUUUGUCGCAGCUCCUUGGAAAGAAGGUGUGACCCAGGAGAGAGGCCGAUGUUACUCACUGUGGAGCUGUGUAGCAGCAAUAGACUUGGCCCCGUGCCUGGGAACCGGCAGCACUCCUGACGUGAAGCAUGCGGUAGUUUUGCUCUGACUGCUCCCAGAUUGGAAGGGCCUUCGGUCUGAAGACAGCUGAGUACCGCGCCGUUCUGCGCACCAUGCUCUAGGAGGACUGGGUGGCGCCCUGGCGCAAAGGAGCCUCCCGUGUCCGCUGAGUGUUGAGGUGGCACUUCCUGGCUCCCUGUCUCAUGACCACAGGUCCACAUUGCAAGCCCCAGUUUGGCAAAGGGGCGUCCUGUGCUUCCAGAGUGUCCUUUGUGGUCCGCAGUCACGGCGACAUCUCUCUUCUCUUCUCACAGCCGUGGUGCCCAGUGAAUGAGCCACCUUUUGUGUGACAGCCUGGACGUCCUUUGCGGAUCGGACACCUUUCCCUCCCUUUCCACCAACCGCCUGCUGUGGCCACUUCUGCAGCCUCCACUCAAAAGACACAGGAAAUGCAUUUUACCCCUCAGUGCUGAAAAUGCCACUGGACCCAGAGUCCGUAAGUUGCAGAUGUGCAUUGUGCUUUUUGAUCCAUUAUCAACCAGAGACGUGGUUAAGCCCCGUGGACUGGCGCUGGGCCGUGCAAGCUGGAGACCACCUCGCUGUCCGCGUCCUACACAGCUCUUGCCUAGAUCUGCAGUGGGGAGCAUUCAGUCCUCGUGUUUCUAAAACGAAACGAGGGACAGGGACACCCCUGCCUUCUAGAGACGGCAGAUGAACUCCCCGUUUAUUCCCGGUGGGCUUCAUCUUCCACAGACCAAGGACUGGAUGGACCUGCAGCAGCUUACGACCUUUAAGACCCAAGUGCCAGUACAAGCAAAACUGAAUUGCAAAUGCAACAAAAACAAAAACAACAAAAAAAAACCUGUUUCCUUCCCUGAAUAGCCCGUGUCGGGAGGUACUGUAAAUGUAUGUACCGAAGAGAUCUCGCGUGCCGUGUUAUGCCUGAUGCUGGUCAAACCAUUCUUAACUCCCAACAGUCAGAUCCCUUCCUGAAGAAGCAGAGUCCACCUGUGCAUUCAACACGAGGACCAGUUUUAUUUCAGACCUCCUCGAGUUUGCAAUGCUUUCCUAGAAACACAAAAACCGGUUUGUCUGAUCUAUUAAUGAAUUUCUAUUCCCUUUCCUCUGAAAAACCAAAUAUGCACGGUGGAGGUUUAUGUGUGCCCCCCACCCCCGGGUUUGACCGGUUUCAAGGCUGCCCGGUGGGCCUGUGAGUGUGUGCAAUGAGUACGUUGUCAUCUUGUAGUGCAAGCGGUGAGGGCGCAUAUCCCUCUGUGCAGCUCCCUGAUUCCAGGACAUCCCUGGAGGAAUACCUGCCUAUGAAUGGAAGCCAUCCUUUUAGAGCAUAGCCAUGCUUCUGCAAAUAUGUGAACACGUUCCUGCGUUUCCUUGCAUUGGGAGCGUCCAGCUCUUGCGUGUGUAUGUAGAAACCGCACAGACCCAUUCAUUUAUUUUUUUCUUUUGCGGAGUUCUCAUUUCAUUCAUCUGAAAACAUACUUGAGUCCAUGCAGUAGUCUCCAGUCUCCAACGAGCAGCUCGUGGAUGGCAGGUGACACACACAACAAGGCUCUACGUUUUGUCCCCACUGUGGCGGUGGCUUCAGAUGCAAAGUCUAGGCCACGUCCGUAAGCUGAAGUCAAUCGGUUUCAGUUUAUUCAGGAACACGACAGCUCAAGGAGCUGCUUUUGCUGAUUUCUAUUUUGGAAGACUAAACCUUCAGUUAACUUUAAAGUGCCUGCCAUCUAGGUAUCGAAAGAACUUUGGCCUCAUUGACAGCUGGUUUUCAACAGUUCCAGUGGCCCGCCUGUUAGAAUAAGCGGGGCGGUUUGCCGACAAAGGAGAGGCCAGCCACGUGGAGAGUGACAAUCUUAUGGCUUCUUCCCACCCUCACGCAUCAAGCACUCCCGAUAUGCAAGUAGGAAAACAAUAUCAUUCGGGGACGCAGCCAAGGGCAUGACCUGUAGGAACACACGCCCAAGAAGAUUCCUAUAAGUGCCUCGGUCCCCCACCGUUCUUCCUAAGAGUGCCCCUCUGCUAUGCAGCUCAGCUGGGAGGUGAUCCUUCCAGCCAGCAGUCUUUGGGUGAACUGGAAUACCGAUUCCUUACAAUGUGUAUGUGCAGUAUCAACUACCUCACCAGCCUUUCUUGGGAAAAAAAUAUCAAACGGACUUUAACAUUUAUUUUGUUUGUUUGACUGUCCCUGGGUCUUUCUCAAGUUACUACAGUUUUCUUCUGGUGGAUGUUUUGCUGAUACGCCAUUCUCGAUAUAAACUAGUCUUAGCAAAAGUGUUAAAACAAAACACCCUGGAAGUGUGCCCGGGGGGGUGUGCUCUGGGGGAGCCCUCAUGUGUCCCUUCGUGAUUGUCUUGUGCUUCUAACCACGUGGGGACACAGGCUGUCGGGAGCUGGUGUUUGUCUAUUCUGGUGGGUGUUCCCCCUGCUGUCCCUGUAUUUCCUCUGACUGAAAAGUAGGGAGAUGGAGCGUCCCUCUUCUGAGCAAAUGUGUGUUAGCUCUUUGUCGUGUGUGCGUCUGACUUGCCUGUGAAGACUGUACGUCGGGGGGAUGCGACGUCGGGGGGUGCGAGGUCGGGGGUGCGACGUCGAGGGGAUGCGACACUCCCCUUGACAGGCAUUUUCAACUGUUUGCCAUAAAUGCGUCACUUAAUAAAGAGUACUGUGACAUGGGA